CUGGAUGUAGUCGCUGAUUGGCUGGCUGUGGCGCAGCUUAAUGGCGUCGGGCUGGCGAUCCGCGGUACCGGCCGUGGCCCCCGGGCGGAAGCUGCCUGUGUGAGGGGUCCGGUGGCCCUAGCGUGCCUCGGCCUCGAGGAGUGAGAAGCGGAGGCACGAGCCCUCCCGAUACUUCGCCAUGAGUUUCCUGAUCGACUCCAGCAUCAUGAUUACCUCCCAGAUACUUUUCUUUGGAUUUGGGUGGCUUUUCUUCAUGCGCCAACUAUUUAAGGACUACGAGGUACGUCAGUAUGUCGUACAGGUGAUCUUCUCUGUGACAUUUGCAUUUUCUUGUACCAUGUUUGAGCUCAUCAUCUUUGAAAUCUUAGGAGUAUUGAAUAGCAGCUCCCGCUAUUUUCACUGGAAAAUGAACCUGUGUGUAAUUCUGCUGAUCCUGGUUUUCAUGGUGCCUUUUUACAUUGGCUAUUUUAUUGUGAGCAACAUCCGACUAUUGCAUAAGCAGCGACUGCUUUUUUCCUGUCUCUUAUGGUUGACUUUUAUGUAUUUCUUCUGGAAACUAGGAGAUCCAUUUCCCAUUCUCAGCCCAAAACAUGGGAUCUUGUCCAUAGAGCAGCUCAUCAGCCGGGUAGGAGUGAUUGGGGUGACUCUCAUGGCUCUACUUUCUGGAUUUGGUGCUGUCAACUGCCCGUACACUUAUAUGUCCUACUUCCUCAGGAAUGUGACUGACACAGAUAUUCUAGCCCUGGAACGGCGACUGCUCCAAACCAUGGAUAUGAUCAUAAGCAAAAAGAAAAGGAUGGCAAUGACACGAAGAACUAUGUUCCAGAAGGGGGAGGUGCAUAACAAACCAUCAGGAUUCUGGGGAAUGAUAAAGAGUGUUACCACUUCAGCACCAGGAAGUGAAAAUCUUACUCUUAUUCAACAGGAAGUGGAUGCUUUGGAAGAACUAAGCAGGCAGCUUUUUCUGGAAACAACUGAUCUAUAUGCUACUAAGGAGAGAAUAGAAUACUCCAAAACUUUCAAGGGGAAAUAUUUUAAUUUUCUUGGUUACUUUUUCUCUAUUUACUGUGUUUGGAAAAUUUUCAUGGCAACCAUCAAUAUCGUUUUUGACCGAGUUGGGAAAACUGAUCCCGUCACAAGAGGCAUUGAGAUCACUGUGAAUUAUCUUGGGAUCCAAUUUGAUGUGAAGUUUUGGUCCCAACACAUUUCCUUCAUUCUGGUUGGAAUAAUCAUUGUCACAUCAAUCAGAGGAUUGCUGAUCACUCUUACCAAGUUCUUUUAUGCCAUCUCUAGCAGUAAGUCCUCCAAUGUCAUUGUCCUGCUAUUAGCACAGAUAAUGGGCAUGUACUUUGUGUCCUCUGUACUGCUGAUCCGAAUGAGCAUGCCUCUAGAAUACCGCACCAUAAUCACCGAAGUCCUUGGAGAACUGCAGUUCAACUUCUAUCACCGUUGGUUUGAUGUGAUCUUCCUUGUCAGUGCUCUCUCCAGCAUACUGUUCCUCUAUCUGGCUCACAAACAGGCACCAGAGAAGCAUAUGGCACCUUGAAUCCGUGCCUGUUACAGACUGCUAUAGGCUAGUGGUUUCAGGAUUUGUAUAUAAAAGGGAAAAAAUGGAGGGGACCAGGGCCUAACAUUUUUAAACAAAGAAAAUGCUGUGGUAGCAUGUUCAGCCUCCAGCUUACACCUUCCUCAUCAGAUGAUGAUCAUGAGUAGCAUCAGCUAGAAUGUGAGAGAGCAAAGUAACUCAAGCUAGUACUUAGCCAAGAGCAUCCUGUGUAGGUUUGAGGCUGGUGCGGUGUGGGAGAGGCGGGUGGAAAAGUCACAAGAAACUAGGAGGGAAAAUACACUGGAACUCUAGGGUAAGAGAAGUGUAAGGUAGCUGGGUGAAACACUUGGAAUUUCUUAGUCAAGGUUCACAUGGAGAAGGUUAUGGCUUUCCCUUGAGAUUGUCUGUCAUUAAAAUCAGAGAUUAUAACA